AAAAAACUCGUGAUAAGAUAAAGAAGAACGACAUAUAAAUGCUCACAGGAUCAUCUAACAUUUCUCAGCGUUCUUGCAUAAGUAAUUCUGAUGAUUUGAUACCAAAUACAUGAUGCUGCUGUUACUACUUUUACCACUGUUCUCAAUCCCAUCAGCAUAUUCUAAUUUCGCUGAUGCUGAACCAAAGGUCUACAAAGGCUAUCGCCUACCAGAGAACCAGUUACCUUCGAAGUAUUCUCUAUCACUGAAAGUGGGAAAGGAAAUUUUCGAUGGAAAUUCCACUGAGUUUACAGGAACAGUGAACAUUACUUUUACUAUAACUGAAAUAACCAAACAAAUUCAGCUGCAUUCGAAUGUGACAAUCAAUAACUUACAACUGAUUUCGGCAGCAGGUGUCAUUCCAGCUUUGAACAUAACCCCAAUCGAUGGGGUGGAUAUUUCAACAAUCUUCUUCCAGGCAGAACUCAACAUUUCAACAGAAUAUAUAUUGCAGAUAAACUAUAAGGGACAACUCGAUAUAACUAAUAUGAAAGGGUUUUACAGAAGUUCUUAUGAAAAUUCGAGUGGGGGAACUGAAUAUUUGGUUACCACGCAGCUCCAAGCUAUUAAUGCAAGAAACGUGUUUCCUUGUUUUGAUGAACCUCACUAUAAAGCAAAAUUUGCUCUGAGGAUCACCUAUCCUAAAGGUUUCAAUGCUAUAAGCAAUACUCCUCUGAAUGGGGCAGUGAUAAAUGUAGAUGAAGAAUAUGAAGAAGCUACCUUUAUGGAAACACCAGUAAUGUCAACGUACUUGCUAGCAUUCACUGUGUCAAAGUUCACUUGUAGUUAUGGAGAAAAUAUAACUGGUAACAUUCCUCACAGAGUUUGCUCCAGACGAGACACCGAGUCUGACAGAGCUUUAGCUCUUGAAUAUGGUACCAAAAUACUAAACACUUUAGGAGACUAUCUUGGAAUAUCAUACAGUGAGAUGAUGAUUGGAAAAAUCGACCAACUCGCCAUUCCAGAUUUCAGUGCAGGAGCUAUGGAAAAUUGGGGAAUGGUGACAUACAAAGAAUCAGCCCUUCUAUACAAUCCCUCUGAAACUUCCGACAGCUAUAAACAGAGAGUGAUAAGCAUCAUAGCUCAUGAAUUCACUCACAUGUGGUUUGGUGAUUUGGUAACUCUAGAUCGGUGGGAUUUUACCUUUUUGAAUGAAGGAUUCGCAAGAUAUCUCCAGUACUUCAUUCAAACCAAGAUUCCAGAAUUGAAGGAAUUUGAAAUGGAUAAACAAUUCAUUGUUGAAGUACAGCAAUCAGUAUUUCAGACUGAUGCUUUGAAUACCUCAAACUCGUUAACUUCCACUGCCGAAUCACCAGCAGAGAUAGAAGGAAAAUUUGGAAAAAUCUCCUACCAUAAAGGUGCAAGUGUUAUCAAAAUGGUGGAAAGCCUGGUGCCAAUGACUUUCAGUAAGUCUUUACAGGCAUACCUUCAAGCUAAAAAAUUUUCGUCUGCUGUGCCAAACGAUCUUUGGACUAUUCUCUCAAGCUAUGUACCUAUCGAAAAUUUACCAGGAAACACUUCUUUUAUCAGUGUUAUGGAAAAUUGGACAAACAAAGCCGGUUAUCCUUUAGUUACAGUCACUGCCAAUGGGACCGAUGUCAUAUUGAGACAGGAACGCUUUCUAUACCAAGGAUCAGAUGAUACUCGAUGGUAUAUUCCAGUAAUUUAUACCAUAUUCGAUAGGAAUAACAAUGCAAGCAGAUCAGUAAGAACAUGGCUAGUACCUGGUAAAACACAAACCAUCAUUUCAAAUGUUUUAUCAAACGAUAGUUGGAUCAUUGUUAAUACAGGAGCAAGUGGCUACUUUAGAGUACAUUAUGACACCACAUUAUAUAGCAAAAUCGCAUCGGUGCUGCAGAACAAUCGAAGAGUCAUCGACAAUGUCACCAGAUCCCAAAUCAUAGACGAUGUACUGAAUUUAGCUCGAGCCAGAAAGUUUUCGUAUCCGGAGGCCUUCAAGAUGUUAGAUUUCCUUAGAAAUGAAACGUGUUACUACCCAUGGCAUUCUACUAUUGAAGGUUUCAAUUAUCUCCUAACCAGGUUUGGAGAACAAUCGAUUGUUGGUCAGCAAGUGAAAUCGAUGCUAUUGGAAUUGAUGCAGACGGUGAAGAAUACGAAUAUCACGUUUGAUAGCCUUGCUGGAAACAACCAUAUGCAUAGUCUCAAGGUUGAGAAAAUUUUAAGUACCAGUUGCAGACUCGGGGAUGAGUACUGCAAGACAAAAUCUAUAGAGUUAUUUCAAAAAUACAAAAAUGGAACAAGUAUUCAUAAGAAUUUGAGAAACAUGGUUUAUUGUAACGCCUUACGAUACAGUAACGAUAUCGAAGCAGACUGGAACUUCCUUUGGAGCAAAUUGAGAAAUGCUACUCAGGCAAACGAAGUUUAUAACAUCAUUACAUCUCUGGGAUGCACGAAAAAUGUUACAUUACUGAAAUAUUACUUGGAACAAUCUGUGAACUCUUCAUCUGGAAUAAGAAUACAAAAUUUGCCAGACCUAUGGGCUUCGGUAUAUACAAGUUCUACUGAAGGAGUGGACGUUGCUUUUACUUUCCUGACAGAAAAAUACGAGCAUAUUCGGAAAUACUUCUCCAAGUCAUCCAAUCUUCUUCCUGGUAUUGUUGACCGCUUUUCAUCGGAGAAACAGAUACAGAAACUUGAAGAAUUCAUCAGCGGUCAAAAAAUAAAUUCCACGAUAAGGAUUGAGUUUGAACANGUUUCUGUGUAUUUGUGUUUUUGA